AUGUCAAGUUUUACAAGUACUCACGCCAAUCCGUCAGUCGAACCUGUCGAAGGUUGGAGUUUAAUGGAUGUCAAAAAUUUUUUAAAUUCCAGCAAAGAUAAAUUUUCUCUUAACGACGAUGAAAUUGAGAUAAUCGAGAAGAAUGGUACCAACAGUGUAGCGUUUAUUGAGUAUACCGUAGAAACGCUUAUGCAAGAUG